CUUGCUUCCUCUUUGCCUGCAGGAUAAAUGAGCCUGAAACCAACUAACUUGACUAAUCUUUGUUCAGUAUUCAAGAGUUCUACUAAUUGUUUCUAAGUCAAAUGAGAAUGUGUGAAACCCUGGAUCUGCUGCAAUCCUCUCCUCCCUUCUCACUCUUCUCUUGUCUUGACCUCCCACACCUAUCUUUUCUCUCCUUCCUUAUUUAUUUCUUCAUUUAUUUUUACCUCUUCACUCCCCUGGCCUUUGACCCCUCAGGUUCAGCCCCUGCCCCAUCCAACCCAGCUAAACCUCCCCCCAACACCGCCACCUCUGCCACUACCCCUGGGGCUCCCACCUCUGCCCUAGACAGCCCCCCACAGGCCCCCAACCCCCCCAUAGAGAUCCCGCCUGUACCCCCACCCCCUCCCCAGCUCCCUGCCUCCACGGCUCCCACUGGCACAGGCCCCGCUACUUACGGCAACCCCGCACAAGGUGAGUGUGACCCCCGUGGGAGAAGCUCACCCUCUCCUCUGCACACCCUCCAUCCCACCUCCCCUGACAUGCAUCCCCCUGCUUGAAGAGCCAGAUGUGUUCAUCCAGCGGCAUGUCGUCACCCAGGAUAUUCAGUUAUUCAGCUGUUGAGGAUAUCUGCUUAAAAAUGUUUAAAGCUUAUGUUGUUGCAUCUAAGGGCACAUGAGCAUCAAGCCAGCAGUGUGACAGAUGUGCUCAACUUCACUCACACUCCAUCAUGUCCAGGUCAGGUCUUUGGUAUUAAGGUUGACCCGAUAGAAGUAGAGGUAAAAAAAAUAAAGGCGAAACAAAUUGUGCAACCAACGCUUUAUAUUCUUAGUCUAUGAAGAAUUAGUGAUAAAUGCUUGUAGCAAUUUCUCAGAGCCAAGUUGAUACCCUCAGGUGUAUCAACUGUCUGACAGUCCAAAACCCAAAACUGUGACCAGUCUCUAAUGAUAUAAAACUAAUAAAAGCUGAAAAGUUUCUCAUUUCA